CAUUUUUUGCACAGGCUGCAGCAGCAGCGGGGAGAGAGGGAGCAGGUGGAGAGUUCAGAGACUGCAGUGAAGCUGCCCUCGAGACAUGGCGGAUCAGUGCCUCUGAAUAAGCAAAAAAUCCCCAAGCUGCCUCCCCUCCCAGCCCCCGGUUCGCCGCGCUGCUGCUGACAGGCCAAGGAGAAGGAGGGAAGCGGCCAGAGGACAAAUGGUGCUGCAGCCUUUUCUUUGAUUUCCUCCCCUUCUUCUCCAUGUUACAUCUCUCUUCAGUGCUUCAGUCAGUGUAGCUGCUGCUGCUAGCAGGAGCAUCCAGGGACAGUGCCGUCCAUCCCUCCCUUCCCCCACCCCCACCCCCUCUCCAUCUCUCUGUCCAUCCAUCCAUCCAUCCAUCCACAAGGGCUAUGGCUGCAGAAGAGGUAUUGUGGACAGUGGAUCACUAUAAGACUGAGAUCGAAAGGCUGACUAAGGAGCUCACCGAAACAACCCACGAAAAGAUCCAGGCAGCUGAAUAUGGGCUGGUGGUGCUGGAGGAAAAACUCACCCUGAAGCAGCAAUAUGACGAGCUGGAGGCUGACUAUGAUUGCCUUAAACAGGAGCUGGAGCAGCUGAGAGAGGCAUUUGGACAAUCAUUCUCAAUCCACCGCAAAGUGGCUGAAGAUGGUGAAACACGUGAAGAGACUCUCCUGCAGGAGUCUGCAUCAAAGGAAGCUUAUUACCUAGGGAAGAUCUUGGAGAUGCAAAAUGAGCUGAAACAGAGCAGGGCAGCGGUCACCAAGGUUCAAGCAGAGAAUGAGAGGCUCACUGCUAUCGUCCACGACCUGAAAGAGAAUAACGAAAUGGCAGAGCUGCAGAGAAUACGGAUGAAAGACGAAAUUCGAGAAUACAAAUUCCGAGAGGCAAGACUUCUUCAGGAUUACACAGAGCUUGAAGAAGAAAAUAUCACUUUGCAAAAACUGGUGUCCACACUGAAACAGAACCAAGUUGAAUAUGAAGGUUUAAAGCAUGAGAUUAAACGAUUUGAGGAGGAGACAGUAUUGCUUAAUAGCCAGCUAGAAGAUGCCAUCCGAUUGAAGGAGAUCGCCGAACAUCAGCUGGAGGAAGCCCUGGAGACUUUAAAAAAUGAAAGGGAGCAAAAGAACAAUCUGAGGAAGGAACUCUCCCAGUAUAUCAACCUCAAUGAUAGUAUGUACAGUAAUCACAUUAAUAUAUCAGUAGAUGGAUUAAAGUUUGCAGAGGAUGGGAGCGAACCUAAUAAUGAUGACAAAAUGAAUGGGCACAUCCAUGGGCCUCUUGUGAAACUGAAUGGAGAUUACCGGACUCCUGCAGUUAGGAAAGGAGAAUCUCUGCACCCAGUCUCUGAUCUCUUCAGUGAGCUCAACAUAUCAGAAAUGCAGAAAUUGAAGCAGCAACUUGUGCAGGUGGAGAGAGAAAAAGCUAUUCUCCUGGCCAACCUUCAGGAGUCCCAGACGCAGCUAGAACACACAAAGGGAGCCCUGACUGAGCAACACGAGCGGGUCCAUAGGCUCACAGAGCACGUCAACGCCAUGAGGGGACUGCAGAGCAACAAGGAGCUGAAAGUAGAGCUGGACUGUGAGAAGGGCCGAGACUCUGGCGAGGAAACACAUGACUAUGAAGUAGACAUCAAUGGCCUGGAGAUCCUAGAGUGUAAAUACAAAGUGGCCGUGACAGAAGUGAUCGACCUUAAAGCUGAGAUAAAGGCCUUAAAGGAGAAAUACAAUAAAUGUGUGGAAAACUACACAGAAGAAAAGGCGAAGUAUGAGAGCAGGAUCCAGAGGUAUGAUGAGCAGGUGACGAACCUGGAAAAAUCAACUAAGGAAAGUUACGAGAAAAUGGUUCACAUAGAAAAAGAGUUGCAAAGGAUGACGAGCCUAGCGAAUGAAAACCAUAAUACCCUCAACACAGCCCAGGAUGAGCUGGUGACAUUUAGUGAGGAGCUGGCUCAGCUCUAUCACCAUGUAUGUUUGUGUAAUAAUGAAACUCCCAAUAGGGUCAUGUUGGACUAUUACAGGCAAAGUAGAGUCACUCGUAGUGGGAGCCUGAAGGGACCUGAUGAUCCUAGGGGACUCCUGUCUCCACGGCUCACCAGAAGAGGAACGGCAUCCCCGGUAGAAGCCAGGACCCCAACUGAGCAUGUUUCGAAAGAGAGCAUAGAGGCUGGCAAAGAACAAAGUCCAACCAAGACACCUACGAUUUCUCCUGUCAUCACGGCCCCUCCUUCCUCUCCCGUCUCUGACACCAGUGACAUACGCAAAGAGCCAAUGAAUAUCUACAACCUAAAUGCAAUAAUACGGGACCAAAUCAAGCACCUGCAGAAGGCUGUAGAUCGGUCACUGCAGCUGUCACGCCAGCGUGCGGCAGCACGUGAACUAGUGCCCAUGAUUGAUAAGGACAAGGAGGCCUUAAUGGAAGAGAUACUGAAACUGAAGUCCCUGCUGAGUACAAAACGGGAGCAGAUAGCAACCCUGAGGGCAGUGUUGAAAGCCAACAAACAGACAGCUGAAGUGGCACUGGCCAAUCUGAAGAAUAAAUAUGAGAAUGAAAAAUCAAUGGUGACUGAAACCAUGACCAAACUGCGAAAUGAAUUAAAGGCUUUGAAAGAAGAUGCAGCAACCUUCUCAUCCUUGAGAGCAAUGUUUGCAACCAGGUGUGAUGAGUACGUCACACAGUUGGACGAGAUGCAAAGGCAGUUGGCAGCUGCAGAGGAUGAGAAGAAGACCUUAAACUCUCUAUUGCGGAUGGCUAUCCAGCAAAAACUUGCCCUCACCCAGCGACUGGAGGAUUUAGAGUUCGAUCAUGAGCAGUCCCGACGCAGCAAAGGCAAGCUUGGAAAGAGCAAGGACAGCCGCUCUAAAAGCCAUCCCAGGACUUCAGGGACCUACCUACAGAAUAUAUUAAGAGCCCCCCUUGAUCCCACCUCCACAGAAUCAUUUCUUCUGAGGGGCCCCCCUUCCAUGAGUGAACUCAUCCAUGAGUACCGUCUCAGCAAGGAAAAAAGGUUAACCGUGGCCAUACCAGAAAAGAGAAAUUAUCAGCAGCCUGCUGCCUCCAUACCACUACGCGGCUCACAACUAGCCAGGGGGCCAGACUGCCAGACUGUCAGUCCUAAUGUAGCCCUUCCAGAAGAGCAGCCACAUUCCAGCUCUCAGUGUGCCCCUCUCAACUGUCUCUCCAAGCCUCCUCCUUAUCCCUAAUUUUCAGAUGCAACAUAAGAGAAAAAACAAACAAACAAACAAACGAGUGGAGCACACACGACAAAGGUAUAAGUUGCUCCCAAGAAUCCAGUAGACAAUCCUGCCUUGUUGCUGCGUUGACAACUCUGGAUUCAUAUCCAAUGUUUUGGCAACCGAGUGUUGGUUGAGAAGAAGAACACAAAGCACAGAACCCUGCCUAUCAAGAAGACUUUUUAUGGUUCCUCUAAUUAUAUUCAAACUUUGCUAUCACACCUGAAGUUUAGUGAAAUUUAACAAAGUGACAAAAUGUUCCUCCCAGCUGCUUGGCUUUACUCUGAAAUAUUGAGUGACUUAAGCCAAUAUUUUAAAAAAAUAUGUUACAAAAUCCUAUUUUCACAUUCUCCACGUUCAGCCAUAUGAACCAGUUCAGAUUUUCUUUUCUGUCAUUAAGGGUGUGAUAUUUAUUUUUACUUUAUUUGCACCAUAAUUUUGUGUUUAUAAAAUGUGGUCCUUGUUUUUGGGAUUUUUUGUUUUGUUUUGUUUCUCCUUUUGGUGAGAGUUGUAUUUAAUUCAUUUUAUUUUUAAAAGACAACCAGAAAUAACUUAAGUUAAGAAUGGUUGAGUUAGUAUUUAAAAAAAAUGAUGGUUGUUAUCUUGGCCAGAGAGUAUGGCCUAUUUUUUUUAUUGCACAAAAACAUUGAAAAUGGGGUGAAUUGGAAUGUUAACAGUGACUUUGUAUUUUGCUGCUGCACUGAUAUUGUUUAUGCACUUGUUUUCUAAUUUCUAUUACACUAGCUGCUGGUUUUGUUCUAGGUCUUCACUGGAAGCUAAUUAUUAAACCUAAGAAGGAGA